GCCGCUGCAGACCUGGCUGCCUAUAGUUCUCUGUCUUCACCAGCUACAACACUCUUUCAUUCACGUACCUGCUUCCAACCAGUCCUUGAAGAAUGGAUCCCCAGGGUUUGAGAGAAGAUCUGCGUUUGUUUCAGACCACUCUGCUGCAGGAUGGACUCAAAGAGCUCCUGAAUGAGAAUAAGCUGAUCGACUGUGUUCUCAAAGCUGGGGACAGAAGCAUCCCCUGCCAUCGCCUCAUUCUGGCAGCUUGUAGUCCUCAUUUCCGGGAGAUAUUUUUCUCAGCUGAUGGCAAGGAAGUGGAGGAAAAGGAGAUUGUUUUAGAGAACCUGGACCCCAGCAUUCUGGAUUUGAUCAUAAACUAUAUGUACUCAGCAGAGAUUGACAUCAACGACAACAAUGUUCAGGACAUUUUGGCUGUUUCCAAUCGCUUCCAGAUCCCUUCAGUGUUCACAGUUUGUGUGAAUUACCUCCAGAAGAGGCUGUCAAAGGCAAACUGCCUUGCCAUCUACAGGCUGGGUUUGAUGCUGAACUGCAUCAGGUUGGCAGUGGCGGCCCGGGAUUGCAUUGCAGAUCGCUUUGAGACCAUAGCCAAGGAUGAGGAUUUCUUAGAGCUUGCUCCACCUGAACUCUUUGCCGUCAUUGGAGCUGAUGGGCUGAAUGUGGAAAAAGAGGAGGUGGUGUUUGAGGUCCUCAUGAGGUGGAUUGGGAAGGACAAAGAGAAGCGUGCAAAAUCCUUAGAGGAGGCCUUUGACUGCAUCCGUUUCCGUUUGCUGCCAGAGAAGUACUUCAAGGAGAAGGUGGAGAAGGAUGAGCUCAUCAAAGCCAAUCCUGAGCUUCAGAAAAAAAUCAAAAUGAUAAAGGAGGCGUUUGCUGGGAAGCUGCCAGAGAAGAAGAAGGGAAAAGAAGAUGAGGAAGGAGAGGAGGGGAAGUUGCCUGGCUUUCUGAAUGAUAACCGCAGAUAUGGCAUGUAUGCCAAAGACAUGGUGCUGAUGUUAAAUGACACAGCUGGUGUGGCCUACGAUGUCCAGGAGAAUGAGUGUUUCCUGGCUGCAAUGUCAGAGCAAAUCCCCCGAAACCACGUGAGCCUGGUAUCAAAGAAGAACAAUCUGUAUGUGUUAGGAGGACUGUUUGUAGAUGAAGAGAACAAGGAAAACACUCUGCAGUGUUACUUCUACCAGUUGGACAGUCUGGGUGCUGAGUGGCUUGCUCUUCCUCCCAUGCCCUCCCCCCGCUGCUUGUUUGCUAUGGGGGAAUUUGAAAACCUCAUCUUUGCUGUAGCAGGACAAGAUUUACAGUCCAAUGAGUCUCACGACACUGUUCUGUGCUAUGACACUGAAAAAAUGAAGUGGUCUGAAACAAAAAAGUUGCCCCUGAAAGUCCAUGGCCACUCUGUGGUCUCUGAGAACGGGCUGGUGUACUGCAUUGGAGGAAAAACAGAUGACAAUAAAUCAACCAAUAAGAUGUUUGCAUACAACCAUAAGAGGUCGGAGUGGAAGGAGGUGGCUGCUAUGAAGACACCCAGGUCCAUGUUCGGUGCAGUUAUCCACAAAGGGAAAAUUAUAGUAGCAGGUGGAGUCAAUGAAGAAGGCCUCAGUGCAGCAUGUGAAGCCUAUGACUUCGGAACCAACAAGUGGUCACCGUUCACAGAGUUUCCUCAGGAGAGGAGUUCAGUGAACCUGGUGAGCUGUGGAGGGUACCUGUAUGCUGUAGGAGGCUUUGCAAUGGUGGAGAAUGAGAACAAAGAGUGCGCACCCAGUGAAAUCAUCGACAUUUGGCAGUAUGAAGAUGACAAGAAAGAGUGGAGUGGGAUGAUUCGUGAGAUGCGAUAUGCAGCCGGAGCCUCUUGUGUGACCAUGAGGCUGAAUGCAGCCAAAAUGCCCAAACUGUAACAGCACAGAGAUUUUUAGUUUACUGUUGUAGCAAAGAAUAAUAUGUACUUGUUUCUUUUUAUUAACCCACUCAUUUAAUAUACCCAACAAAUGUUUCUUUUGACAUGUUUGGGUGUUUUAAUAAAUUUUA